AUGACUCACAUGUACACUGAAAGGCAGAUAGCACCUCUGGCUAGUAUUGCAGACACAGCUGCUGGGCAGCGAAUGAGUAUGCACAUACUCAUUGCCAAAGUUAAGUUUUUUCUCCCUGAACGUAAAAGAGUCAGUGAUAAACACUGCUUUAGAGAGUAUGAGAAUCUGAGUGAGAGAAUUUCUCAGAUUAUCACCCCCACUCCACAAUUUCUGAUUCAGUAUGUCUGGGUAGGGCCAGAGAAUGUUGCCACAGAACAACUCCCAGGGAGGGCAUUAGCUGAGAGUCAGCUUCGAAAGCAAGGAAAUGCUGAGGGCAGGAGACAGAGGAAUCUGGAAAUUCGGGCUGCUUCCAGCUCUCCAACCUCGGUGGUCCCGGAUUUGGCUUCUGAGAACGAGGAGUUCUUUUUCGCGCUCCUCGCGCCUGCGCACGCCGACCCGCGCGGCGAGCUGAGCGCGGGGCAGCUGCUCAAGUGGAUCGAUGCCACCGCCUGCCUGGCAGCUGAAAAACAUGCUGGGGUUUCCUGCGUUACGGCCUCCGUGGACGACAUACAGUUUGAGGAGACGGCUAGAGUUGGACAAGUGAUAACCAUCAAAGCAAAAGUUACCAGAGCGUUCAGCACAAGCAUGGAGAUCAGUAUCAAGGUGACAGUACAGGACAUGCUCACCGGUGUUGAGAAACUUGUUAGUGUGGCUUUCUCUACAUUUGUAGCCAAACCAACUGGAAAGGAGAAGAUUCAUUUAAAACCAGUCACACUCCUGACUGAGCAAGAUCAUGUGGAACAUAAUCUGGCCUCAGAGAGAAGAAAAGUUCGACUGCAUCAUGAAGAUACUUUUAAAAACUUGAUGAAAGAAAAUAGCGAGUUUGAUGAUCCCAUUUGUGAUGAAGAGAAAGGAAUGGUUUCUACAAGUGGCACUGCUGUUCAGAGCAUUGAACUUGUCCUCCCUCCCCACGCAAACCAUCAUGGAAAUACAUUUGGUGGCCAAAUUAUGGCUUGGAUGGAGACUGUGGCUACUAUUUCUGCAAGCCGCCUCUGUCGGGCACACCCCCUUCUGAAGUCCGUGGAUAUGUUUAAGUUCCGGGGACCAUCUGCUGUUGGAGAUCGGCUUGUUUUCAAUGCCAUUGUCAACAACACAUUUCAGACCUGUGUCGAGGUGGGAGUGCGCGUGGAGGCCUUUGACUGUCAGGAGUGGUCUAAGGGCCAAGGCCGUCACAUCAACAGUGCUUUUCUCAUUUAUAAUGCUGUCGAUGAUAAGGAAGAACUGGUCACAUUUCCCAGAAUCAAACCCAUAUCAAAGGACGAUUUUAGACGGUAUCGUGGAGCUAUUGCACGCAAGAGAAUUCGCCUAGGCAGAAAAUAUGUUACUUCCCACAAGGAAGAAGUGCCAGUUUGUGUACAGUGGGACAUAAACAACCAGGUAUCCCUGAGUAAUGCCAAUGUGGAGGCUCUCAAAAAUCUGGCAGCCAAGAGUGGUUGGGAGGUUACCAGUGCUGUGGAAAAGAACAAAACGGAGAACAGGAAGCAGACCGGAGGAGCUGUUCUCACUGAAGCUGGGGAGAGGCGGGACUCAGGGCUCCACGUGACCAGCUCUCCUCCCCUUUGCCCCCCGGGGGUUCCUGGGGAAGGACCGGGCGCUUCCUCUUACCACCCUUCCUCUUACACCGAGGCCUCUCUUGUUGCCAUGGGGAUGAUUAUAAGAUGGCACAUUUCAACACCAACUUCAAAGCAUCCUGAAAGAGAUGGAGAAAAUGGGCAGGAUAGAAAUGUGCUCUUAGCUGAGCACAUAUCUCUGAUUAUUAUCACAAGUGCAAUGGCAGGAGAGUUUGGAGUAACAGGGGAUACAGUAUUGUUUAAGUCCUGUGAAGUCAUAAACUGGGUGAGUGAAGGUGAUCAGAUAUAUUACAUCACUUGUCCUAUAGUGAAUGGUGGCAAACCCAAAGACUUGGUAGUACUUGUAUCACGAAGAAAGCCUCUCAAAGAUGGAAGCACCUACACGGUGGCCGUGAAAUCGGUUCUUCUGCCGUCAGUCCCCCCUUGUCCACCCUACAUCAGAAGUGAAAUCAUAUGUGCUGGAUUUCUCAUCCGUGCUGUUGACAGCAGUUCCUGUACUGUAUCCUACUUCAACCAGAUUUCUGCUAGCAUCUCUCCUUACUUUGCUGGAAAUCUUGGUGGCUGGUCAAAAUCCAUAGAAGAGACAGCAGCAUCUUGUAUACAGUUUAUAGAGAAUGCUACUGAUGAUGGGUUGAUAAACAUAUUUUAAAUGGUAAACUGUCACUUGUAACUUUCAAUUCCAGGUACCCCUAGGCCGGACACUUUGGCAAGCUUUCGGGCCACAAAAUAAUUUAAUAUUGGCCUAAGCAGAAUGCAGUUAGGAAGAGGUUAAAAUAUAAAAUUGAUCUCAGAUCAAACACCAGUGAUUUGGAUAGUAUUAUUUAAAGAGCUUUAAAACUGUUUUAUAUCAUGUGAGGCUCUGCUCCCUUCCAAGGGCACAGGCAGUGGAAAUUGCCCAUUUGCAACGUUGUGUGUUCUGUAAAAUAGUACAAAUAUGGUGUAAAAUGAUCAUAAGAAUGUUUAGGCCACAAAAAUGAAACAUGUUUUGUUUAAAAUUUUAUAAAAAUUUUCAAAAUCAAAAA